AUGUGGCUUAUGCUCUUGAUUAUCUACACUAUCGUUGUGGCUUAUGCUCUUGAUUAUCUACAUUAUCGUUGUGGAGUUCGUCGUGAUUUGAAGCCAAGCAACAUUUUAUUAGAUGCCAAUAUGGUUGCUCAUGUUGGAGAUUUCGGGCUUGCAAAAAUCUUUUCACUUGAACUUUCUGAUGCAAACAAGAGUAGCUCAGGUCAUGUCAGAGGAACCAUUGGAUAUGCACCUCCAAAAUACGGACUUGGAAAUGAAGUGUCGCCCAGUGGAGACAUAUAUAGCUACGGGAUCCUAUUAUUAGAGAUGCUGACAGGGAAAAAACCUGUUGAUUCAAUGUUCCGAGAAGGCCUAAGCCUGCAUUCCCAUGCUACAAGUGCCUUGGCUGGUGAUUUUGUGCUUCAGAUUGCGGAUCCAAUGCUUCUACGUGAUGAUGUCAAAGAAGGGUCUUUGAUUUCAUUACUGGAAAUUGGAGUGCGAUGCUCUUCUGAGUAUCCACAAGAUUGA